GAGGGGACAACAUGAGCGAGCGAUGAGACGUGAAGAUGUCCAGCUGGAGCUUCUCAUUGAACCCACGGAACAGAGAUCUUAGGGAGGGAACGUGAUGCUUGACUCAUGACGUAAACCAAGCACCCACCUGGAACCGUCUCCCUGUUUGUCUUUUGUUUUUUGUUUCUGUUUUGGAUUUUUCGUUGUCUAGUGUCCAUUUGUCUGACCUUGUGUUCAUCCUCCUCUUGUGCAGAGACGCUAAAAACAAGUGACGCAGCAGCAUUUGCUUGAAUGAAACUUUAAUGUAUCACACUACUGUCUAGAGGAUUGGCCCAGUCACUCCUCCUUUCUGCCUCCUACAUAUAUCACUGAGAUUAAAGAUAGCAAUAGAGGUAUCGAAGGUCUUGAAAAAGCCUAAUUUACCAUAUCUCUAUGGCAUCAAUUACAUUUGGACAGCACUUACCAUGCACCACACUUUACCGUUUUUAAUUUGUUUAAUUUAAUUGUUGUAGCCUCAUUGUUUAAACAAGUUGUGUUUAUUUGUCUUAUUCAUACCUAAUCAGUUUCUCAAUGCAACUAAGAGUUUUCUAUAAUUAUUUAAAGAUUUAUUUUUAAUGUUGUGUAACUGCUCGGCCGCCCUAAAUUGUUAUCACAAUUGGCAGCUUUAAGUUGUGUUGUAAAUUUGUUUUUUUACAAUCUUUGUGAAUCUUGACGUGGAAAAUUCAUUUUGAAGUCUUGUUGUCUUUGAAUGUGUUGCCUAUUCACUUUUCAAACGGCAGUUCCUAUCUUCACUGGAUAAAUACGCUGAACAGAAGAACCUUUGAACUGGAAGGAAUCAUUUUUUUUAUCAAAUGAAGACGGGUGUGAACAGGAAGUCUUUUUGUGACUGUGUCUUGAAACCAAGUACUGACUGAUUUUUUUUUGGAGAUUUCAGGGAUAAAGGUCUCAGACAAAUACCUUUUCCCUGCAAAUCUAGAGGAGACAUUUUCCACUCUUCACAUCUCUGACCAUAGAAAAAAACCUCCCUUUAAUUUGUUAGAUGUAAUUUUCCUGAUAAACAUUGCCCACUUCAGCGGAGAGGAUGCGAUCCCCAGAGCCCUCUUCACCUUCUCCAGCAGAAGCCCUCCUCCAUGGACAGUUUGCAAGCUGGGGAUCAGGCAACAACAGUAACAAUAACAGCUGCCCCAACAGCCCUGGUGGUCCAGGCGGACUCUCCCCCGCUGCCUCCCCUACUUCGGCCUCAAACUAUGCCUUGACCCUCACCCACACCCACAUACAUAUCCAGCGCUUGUCACCACGACCGGGGAAGGAAGCCCGUCUCCUGCUGCCCUGUUCGGAGCUAGUGGGUUGCAGCUGCCCCCGUGCCCCUGCACCCCCUCUACUGGUGCUAUACUGGUACCCACCAGGGAAACGACGGAAAGGAGUGUCGCGGCGCAGGCAGGUCAGGGCCUACCUGGCAGAAAGCCGACCUGAGGCUGAGAGGUGGUCGGCUGCCGUGCAAUGUCUCCUCAGAGGUGUGACCGUCACUGCUGACACAGAAUUUUCAAGAAGUCUGCUACCUCGUCCCAAGCGACUACUGUUAUUGGUCAAUCCCUUCAGUGGGAGAGGCCAGGCGAUGCAAUGGUGUCAGACCCACAUCCUGCCAAUGAUCAGAGAAGCCAACAUCAGCUACAACCUUAUACAGACAGAGCGUCAGAACCACGCGAGGGAGCUCAUCCGGGAGAUAUCGCUCCCAGAGUGGGAUGGCAUCAUCAUUGUUUCCGGAGACGGCCUGCUGCAUGAGGUCAUUAAUGGGCUGAUGGAGAGGCCAGACUGGGAACAAGCAAUAAAGAUACCUGUUGGCAUUCUGCCCUGUGGCUCUGGGAACGCACUGGCUGGCUCCAUCAACCAUAAUGCAGGGUAUGACAUGUGCCUUCGGGAGUCUCUCCUUUUGAACUGCUGCUUUUUGCUCUGUCGAGGCGGUGUCCGACCCAUGGACCUGGUCGCUGUGACAACAAGCCCCGCUCCCUCCAACAACAGUCGUACUGCAGCACCCAGGAGACUGUUUUCUUUCCUCUCUGUUGCCUGGGGCUUUGUGUCUGAUGUGGACAUAGAGAGUGAGAGGUAUCGUGGACUGGGUUCAGCCCGCUUCACCCUCGGCACCCUGGUGCGCAUAGCUUCUCUUCGAUCCUACAAGGGUCGACUUUCGUACCUGCCGCCCUCUGUUGUCACCACAUCACCAGAUGCUACACCUCCUCCACCAAGAAGACCGCUCUCCCGUAGUAUCACAGAAGGCCUUGACGGCUUCUGCCGACCGCCCAUUCAUCGCACCUCCUCUGACAUGGGCAUCAGCGAACAGAGAAGCCUGCGUAAGGGUGAGGGAGAGAGGGAAAAAGAGGAGAGGCAGAGAGAGAGGGAGAGGAGAAGAGGGAGGGCCAGGGGAGGAGGAUCCGGUGUGGUGAGGGCCAGCAGCUUGGCAGAGGACAGAGAGAGGGAGGGGCAGAUGGAGAUGGAAGCAGAUGAGGAGCGGUCAGGGACGAGUUCAGAAUCAAAUGAAAGGGAUGAAUGCAAUAUGCGAAGGGAAGAAAGGUUGGCUGGGAUAAAGGAUGAAAGGGAAGAGGAGGGAAUUGUAGAGCAACACUCCAGCGAGAUGGAGGAGGAGGAUAGGAGGAAGGACAGGGAAUGCAGUGGUGGUUCUGUAGAGGGGGAGGGAGUGUUGCAUGCGAGAGAGCUAGGAGAGAGCUAUGGGGUAGACAUGGGGCGAGAGGCAGAUGAAGAGUCAGAGGGUUGUUUCUCCUGUCAAGACAGUCCUCAGGAGCCCAGAAAGGCUCGAAGAAAGAAUUCAGCCCCAUCAAGCCAGAUAGCCAACGCUCUCUUUAACCAGCCUCUCAGUCAGGGGGAAGAUGCAGAUUCUGGCACAUCCUAUGGGGUAGAGGACAUUGAUCUGAAUGGAACCUACUACCAGAAAGAACCUUACCCACUAGACGUGGCUCGUGAGCGAUCUCUAACCAUCUCCUCUCCCUUUCGUCACUCUCCAUUCUCUAACAAGCCUAAGACCUUUGACCAAAACCAGAACGCCUCCAGGCCGAGGCCUCUUUCCCUCCUCCAACACUCCCACUCAAACUCCCUCCCCCCUAAAAUGCCCUCCCUCUCACUGUCUCUGUCUCCCACUCCGCCCUCUUCCCCAUCUUGUGCCUCUCCACACUCCUCAUCCUACCUUGUCCCACGUCCUAACACGCCAAACUCCACCUCACCUUCACCCUCUCUACGCACACCGUCCUCAUCCUUUAACUUUGACAUUGCUGAGCCAGCAGGAACCCAUAGGAGCCGUCCUUUUGUCUCACUGCCUUUAAACCUUCCUAGGGAUGACUUGUUACCCCCCCUCGACCAACCCCUUCCCUCUAGAGACUGGGUCACCCUUGAAGGGGACUUUGUCCUGGUCCUGGCCCUUUAUCAGAGCCACCUUGGGGCUGAUCUCCAUGCUGCACCACAGGCCAGGUUUGACGAUGGACUGAUCCACCUGACCUUUGUGCGGGCGGGGAUCUCAAGAGCCACUCUACUGAGAUUGUUCUUUGCCAUGGAAAGAGGAAACCACCACUCUGUCAACUCGCCGUAUGUGAGCCAUGUUAGCUGCAGGGCCUUCAGACUGCAGCCUCUGUCAACACGAGGAACCCUCACGGUGGAUGGAGAGCUGGUGCCCUACGGGCCGCUUCAAGCACAGGUUCACUCUUCUAUGGCCCGUCUCAUUGUCGGCGACUCUGGAGUACAGAUUACCAGAUUCUAAUCAGGAGAUGGUUGAGCUGAUGACAGAUACGCUGAGGAAUUACGUAAUCUCUGUCGCCGUCCAUACUCAGAGAAGGGGGUGUAUGUGUGAGCGAUUUAAAAUAGCCUAGAUUGCAGAAACUGCUUUUCCUGGGAUUUAAUGAAAGGGAUAACCCACCGAGCCACACAUCAUUGGAGCAUGGACUGCAGGGAUUAAUAGCAAAUUUGAAAAUGGAUGAAAAUGCGCCUCAUUGCACAGCUGUUGGAUUAUGCUCAGCGUACGCUGAGAAGCAUGAAAACUGCACAGUCCUGGAUAAUAAGAGGGAAGAACAAUCGAAUGUUAAUGGGAUUUGUGUGCAGAUAGUGCAUGUGUUCGAUGUAUACAUAGUCGUAUGCAUGCUGAAAAGCACUACCUGAUGAUUUGCCUUACUUAGAGAUGGAGAGGAAUCAGAUUGAAUUAAGAGAAAGUUCUCAAACAUGAAAAUAUAUACACAUACAUAAAAUACAUGCUUGCUCUGACCCUAAUAAAAAUUCUUCCCAACUCUCCAUCUUCAACCCCCAAUGUCCAAAUAAUUGAUUAUAAAAACGUGACCUAAAAGGAAUGCCUUAUCUGACACUGGACAGUACAGUUGUACCUCUGCCCUUUUUUACUUUUACAAGAAUCCUAAACGUUCUUGAUCUCCAUCCACCCAUCAGAGUGUCCGUCCUCUACAUGAAAGCAAUGUUCAUAUUCUCAGACAAACUGGUAGACCCAUCUACCUUACAUUAUGUUUGAGCAUGAUGCUCAGUUGUAAGCAUCAAUGAAGAAUAUGUGGAUAAAAGUUCACUUUAAUGACCAUUUUGUUCAUGCGGCUGAGAUGAUGUGAAGCAACGAGAUCAAGAUGGUUCAUUACAUGAGAAGGAGCAUUGGAACCGUUGAUCGGUAACGAUUGCUGACAUUCUUACAUAAGCUUGUUUUUCUUAGCCAGUGGAUGCACAAUGAUGAUGUCAGUGAUACCAGACUUUGCAGCAUAUUGAACAUAAAAAUGUCUUAACAAAGCUUCUUUGUCGUUGGUUUUAGACUGUUCAUUUUUAAGAAAUCUCUCAGAAUUACAACCAUUAGCUCUUCUCACUGUUUUAUGUCUACAAUGUAUCACUAUUUUCUGAGUUGUCGUCUUUGGAAGUGUAAGUACAUGCCUCUGUGAAGUAGCAUGUAGUGCAGUUAUUUUGCACAAUAACUGGAGUUGGAGCAGCACAGAGAGUCACAACACUAGAAUGCACAGUAAGACUUAGUCAUGCAGAGUCAGAUACAAUGUUCUGUUCUAUAAAAAUGGAUGCACUAGUAGCCUGGUAUAGAAACAAUAAGAACUAGAUAGUUACAUAUCUAGCCUGAAAUUGAUCAAAUGUCUCAGUUGGAACAUGUGUAGCUUUUCAGAGUAGAACUGACUUUGACAACAAAAUCGUUUAGAAUCUAAAAUCCUGCUUCAGAGACAAAAAAGGAAACAAUAAAGUCCUGUGUCGUUGGAUCAGACUUUUGCUUUAGAAACAAAAUCAAAUGGAGGAAAAAUAAUUUGCACAGAGAGGAAUUAGCCUGGAGCGGAGCCAAUCUGUUGAUGUAAGUAAAAGAUUGAGUUUUAAAUUCAUAAGAUCUUGAGAGCACCAGUGCUUCCAAAUUAUAAAGUGAAUCAACAGAUCCUGGAGCCCGGUGAAGGAUUGUUGUUAUUUAAACCUGCUGAUGCGCUAGGUCUGGACAAAUGAUAAAUCAUUAGCAAGUGCAGUGUGUCAAUCAGUAAGAUUAUGUGUUGAAUGCUUGGGUCAUCGUCAACAUACUGUAUGUCAUGGUCAUGCCUGAAAAAAUGAAUGCCUUCGUAUAUUAAGCCUGUAAAUUCUGGCUGUUGAUCAUGAACUGUUCAAUCCUGACUGCAGAAAAUGUGGAGUAAAACUCUUUGCUCACCA